AGCAGCUGCUGUCGAGUAAUUAAUAGCUGUUCAAAAACUAAAUAAAUUAAACGAAAAAAGGAAACGCAAUAAGUUUAACAAUUACACAUAAAUAAAAGUGCAAGUCGGGACAUAAGAAAACAAAUUAAUACAAUCAAUAUGCUGGAGAGUAAAUUUAUAAUAUGUACGACUUUGGUGCUGCUAGUAAGCAGCACAGCUCUAUCGCAGACCUUAUUAAGUCUAUCAAAAGCUGAUUUUCCAAAGUCCAAUGUAACUGCGGAGCAGCCGCCUGCGUCGUCGUCGUCGUCCUCUUCCUCUACUUCAACUACAACAACAACUUCGACUACAACUACACCAAAGCCCACAAGCAGCAGCAGCAGCAGCUCCACUUCAACCACCAGCACCACCACCACCACAACUACUCCUGCUCCAGUGACCAGCACCACUCCAGCACCAGUGCCCACCACUACACAUGCACCACAGCCAUAUCCACAGCCCAAGGUGGGCAACUGGAACUGCUCUUGCAUUGCGGUUAGCAUGGCCGCCCAGCUGAAAUUUACCUAUGAGACCAACUCUGGCAAGCAGUCUCAUGGCUUGAUGAAUCUGCCCGCCAAUGCUACCAUGGACCAUGGCUAUUGCGAUAGUCAGACCAGUCAGUCCAUGCAGCUUAACUGGGGACCCAGUGCCAUGCCCCAAAUAAUGGUCUUGCAGUUUGACAGCAAGAACAAAUCGGUGGCCCUCACCAUGGUUAAGGUUGUGCUGAAUGUCUUCACCGAUGACUAUCCGGAUGCCAAGGAGAACCAAACCGUGCAGCUCAUACACAAGAGCCAGAAUACGGACUUUUUGACCCCGGAGAAGAUGUCGUACCAUUGCACACGCGUCCAGAGCUUCAACAUGUCGGAGCUGAUCAAUGGCAGCGAGUUCAACGGCAUCCUUAUGGUUAGCCACGUCCAGGCCGAGGCUUUCCGCGGUGCCAAUGCCACCGGCUACUCCAUCGUUCACGACUGCGACAGCUCGGAGACUUCGGAUGUUGUGCCCAUUGCUGUGGGCAUUGCCCUGGCCGCCUUGAUUGUUGUUGUGCUCAUCUCGUAUCUCUGCGCUCGUCGUCGCUCCACCUCACGUGGCUACAUGAGCUUCUAAACUAUGAAACGCUUAUUAGAGAGCGCGAGCGAAGGCAGCAGGCGAGGGUUUUUUUUAGCAAAUAGUGCGUUAUCAUCAGUUGAGAGAGCUGUAAGAUUGAUUUUGUAAUUGGCAAGCAGUUUGUGUAUAAAUUAGACAUUUGUUGUUUAUCUAAAAUAACUCGUAGCGAACCUCAGUUUAUUUCCUGUUCCUGUUUUUUUGUUCUGUUUUCGUCCAAAUUAAAUAACGCGCUAGAGUAGGGAAACGAAUGUUUAAUCGAGGAAGCGACGGCAGGCAGCGUGACGAAGAUUAUAUCAAAAAAAAAAAAUUAUUUAUCUAACUGAAUUAUUUACUUGUCUAUGGAACAGAAUAUUUUACCUUAUAUACACACACACACAGACAAACGUAAAUAUUUUCAACAAAAUCAAAUCAUUUAUGCAUAUUUAAAAUAAUAGUACACACACACCCACACAUACACACAUAUUUAAUCAAGAAAUUGUGGAAAAUUUUUAAAGAGCGUGGCAAAAGGUGAAACGGCGUAAAAACAAUAUUUGAUGCAAGCAAAAAAAAUAGUAAUUAACAAACAACAACAACAAUCGUCAUAAAGACACGAGGACAGACAGAGUUUAAUUUUAGACAAAUAUGUGAAAAAAUUUUAAAUUGUAAACCGUUUAAACAAACAACAAAAAUUAUGUAUUAUUUGCCUUCAAUGUGUAAUAAACGAUAAUAAACCGAA